AUGGAGAUCCAACAAGGUUCAUCACUCGAUGGCUCGCCGACAUCGUCACCCCAACACAAGAAAAAGGCUCGUUCAUUCGUCGAUGCGACUGGCAAUCUCUUCAGUUCCGUUCCUCCAGGAUGGACCCCAAUUGACACUGUACCAGGCUGGGCAACCGUAUAUACAGAGUCGGGCAAGCCAGUCACAGCUUCACGGAAUCAACUGACGAUUAUCGGCGAGAUUCCAACCACCACCGUGACCGAACAAGCACCUCCGCCCUCUGGAAGUUCCCGAUCAGGUUGGAGCUGGGUGACUGAGAGUUCUACUUACACGAUAGAUAUAACGUGGGCGAGCACUUUGACGGAGAAUCCCACGACCACGAGUGAGUCUACGACACACAGUAGUGUCACUGUUCCAUGGUGGAGCAAAACGUAUACCGAGUCGAUCCAAAUUCCCACGGCCACUGAGACUACCUUUAUCAGCACGACAAGCAGCACAGAAAGCAGCACAGAAAGCAUCACAGCAAGCAGCACAACGAGUAGCACAUCAUCCACUUCAAGUUCAACAACCUGGCCAUCCUCAACCGCGACGAGUGCCCCGGAAACCUCUCCUACAAACGUUCAAUGGAUUUCCUUGACAAUCUCGCUAUUCACCUGUCUCGUAAUGAUCGCCAUGGUAAUUUUUGUCUUUGUCUAUGUGUACCGGAGGAGGUCUGAAGCACCUCCUAGAGAGAGAGAGAAUCGGAACGAGAACAACAUUAACGUCAACGUUGAAAGUGGGCGUUUUAGAAACCGUCCGCUUGCGGAGACUAACCCCGGUUGUGUUCCUCAGGGGUGGGAUGAUAUAAGAUUGUGA